AUGCAAAACACCCACGGCGUCCCCGGGGGCACUUACACCUACCACUCCCGUCGGUUCGGAGACAUCGACUUGAAGAUCCCCCAGCACCCGGACGUCGAGGAAGGCAGAAAACUGUUCGCGCAUUACCUGUGGAACGCGGCGGUGAUUGCGGCGCAAGGGAUCGAGAGGGCCAGUUUCGACGACGCAGAGGCUGGGAAUCAAGCACUGCCACCGCACGAGCAGAGCGAGGAGAAUAAUGAUGAGGACGGAGAAGAGAAGAAGGAGGGAGCAGCGGAAUGGAAAUGGCAGAGGAAGUACUGGGACGUAAGAGGGAAGACGGUCGCUGAAUUGGGCGCCGGCACGGCGUUGCCGUCCAUCAUUGCGGCCCUCUCCGGCGCGCUCUCGGUCACCAUCACGGACCACCCGUCGUCGCCCGCCCUGACCACCGGCGCCAUCGAGCAAAAUGUUCAGAGAAACAUUGUCGAGCGACUUGGCCCACCAGAAGCAGAAGCAGCAGUAGCAGAUUCCGGAACCUCAACUGCGCCGACGACGUCGCGCUCGCCCGCAACAGUUCGUAUGUCAAAGUCGGAUUCAGCGGUGGUGGUCAACGUCUACGGCUACACGUGGGGCACGACGACCAUGUAUCUGCCGUCGCAUUACGGUAAGCCAGCCCCGGGGCGACAGUCCCAAAGAGGCUCCGACCGUAUCAUUCUAGCAGACUGUCUCUGGAUGCCUUCUCAGCAUGUCAACCUGGUCAAGACAAUAUUCCACUGUCUCCGCCCAGAGCAGGAAGAGCCCUUGGAAUCAUCAGCAAGUCACGGCGCCGACCAAAGUUGUGCAUUGGUGGUUGCCGGCUUCCACACCGGUCGAGAGAUCGUGCGGCAUUUCUUCGAGGUAGCUACCGGAGACUAUAGAAUCCCAUCGCCCCCACCGUCGUCCUCAGAGAUUGACGCCAGGGACAUAGACAGGUACGGGAAGAAGGAUGAGAGCGCCUGUCUGCGCGCCGCCGAGAUCUUUGAGACCGACGUGAAUGGCCUCCGCAGGCCCUGGGAGCCUUCUCGGCCGGGCGAGACUGAAGGCCAAGCCAAGAGGUGGUGUGUGGUGGCUGUGCUUGUAAGAAGAUGA